CCCCACGUCGGAUCUGUUUAAAGACCGAGAAACCCACAAAUAUUUGAAGCCCAUCGAAUCACCAGGUCCGUCUUUGCUUCACAAACUCACAAUCUGACCACAGGGGUUCGUCACAAAUGAGUAUAGAUCAUGUGUAUGGACACUCAUGUAAUUGGUCAAACCGGUCAACUGUAACGUCGGUCCUUCGUACAACCACGGACUUAGAUGAUAAGAUUUGCUAUCGGAGUCCGUGUCUAAGUCCGUGGUACAACAUUGAACGAAGAUUAAUUCGACUGUCAUGACGACGAUGACUGAGAUCCCGGUGGUGGACCUAGCCCCAUACGGUCUGGGCGUGGUCAAUGAGGACGAGGUGGACACACAGACCAUCCGGUCUCUGGCCGACUCCGUCUGUGGGGCAUUCAGGGACAUCGGCUUCUGUUACGUCAAAAACCAUGGAGUUCAGCAAUCUCUGAUUGACCGAAUGAAGGCAGUGUCUAAGACCUUUUUCGAAAAACCAGUUGAAUACAAGAAGAAUUACGCACGACCAAAAACCGAUAACCAUGGCUGGGUCGCUUUAGAACGAGAAAGCUUGAACCCAGAGCGUCCAGGAGAUUACAAAGAGGCAUUUAACUACAGUCCUUGUGCGGACAUUAAGAUUUUGCCAGAUAUUGAUGGUUUUAAGGCCGUCAUGGAAGACUUUUACGCAUCAAGUGAAGCACUGUCUUUAAGGAUAUUUGAUUUGGUAUCAAUAGGACUUGACUUAGGAGACAACAAAUUUAUGAGAAAAUGUCACGCUUUGAUUGGUCAGAAAGGAAAUUGCACGGCACUCCGAAGUUUAUAUUACCCAUCUCUCUCAACAAAUAAAGGUUUGCAAGACAUCAAGCCGAACCAGGUUCGUUGUGGGGAACAUUCGGAUUACGGUUCUCUCACACUGCUGUUUCAAGACGACGUAGGAGGUCUUGAAGUACGUAACCUCCACGGCGAAUACAUUCCCGCCUCUCCUAUCCCUGGUACUAUACUGAUCAACAUUGGAGAUCUCAUGCAGAGAUGGACCGCCGAUCAACUCACGGCUACAAAACACAGAGUGUUGAUUCCGGAAGAGGAAUUGAGACGGGGAAAGAGUCGUCAAUCUGUCGCGUUCUUUCUCCAGCCUGACGAUGAGGUGAUGAUUGAGUGCCUGGACAAAUCUAAUAAAUAUAAACCUAUCUCAAGCUACGACUAUCUACAGCAACGUUUCGCAGCCACAUACUAAUAAACACUGACAACAGAUUUCAUUCACAUGUGUCUAUCAUAUUUUUCUUUGUUUCGUUAUCAAUAUAUUUGAAUAAAUGCAACAGUUAAGUGCGUUUUGGGUUUUAAGAAAAACCUUUUGAGUCAUAAUGCAAAAUAUAUCAAGCUUUAUAGAUAAUAUAAGGUUCCAAUAAUGUUAAUAAACAAAUAUCAAAACCGACGAUAGAGUUAUUCUGACAUGCAUGUUCUUUUUUGUGAAUAAAGAUGACUAAGUAA